GGUGACCUGAAAUAUAACACGGAAAAACAUACGAAACUAGUGAAUACAGGUUUCUACUACCAAUCUUCAUAUCACAGAAGUAAUCUGGUUAUAGAAGGUGUAGAUAUUCAAAGUCAAUCGUUGAUAGACAAAGUGAAAGUGCCUUCUAUAUGGAAUAUUUGAGUAGCUGAAAAACAUUCUUCGAUUUGCUGUCAGAUUGGUGUAAUAUUUGGAAGCGCGCAUGUUCUGUGAGAACCACACUUCGUAAUGUUCCAUUUUUUAUUGAUUUGGUAACAUAUGUUUUAUUUCGAAAAUGAGCAUGAAAAACGAUGGUGUUUCAAUUAAUGAUGUCAACCUUCAAACCGAAUUACGGGAGAAUUACACUAAACAAUAUGAACCCAUCAACGGAUACAUCACUAGCAUAAACGAGAAUUGUGCUCAACAGUUGCCGGCAUUGUUGGAAGCAAAAGAAGAAAAAAAUAAUCAGAAUGAAACCAGCGAUCCAAAACAAAUCAAAACAGUAGUGGUGAAUUUUACUUCUGGUACUAUGGCUAAAAGCACAAUUCAAAAUCAAUACGCCAAUAACACGUCAUCUCAUGUGCAAACUUGGAAUGGGAGUAAUGACCAGAACAAAAUCAAAAUAAUAUUAUUAUCAUCCAUUAUUUUGAUGAUAGGAUUAACAGUGGGAUACAUCUUUUCUGGUUUUGUAACAUGUAGGGGCACUCAACACGGCCCUCCCGUUUCUACUAGUUUGCACAACAUUUGUUUGACGGAGGAAUGCGUGAGAACAGCAUCAUCUCUGCUGGCAGCGAUGGACCGUACAGUAGAUCCAUGCAAAGAUUUUUUUCAAUUUGCAUGUGGCACAUGGAAUAAAAAGCAUGUGAUACCUGAGGAUAGAAGUUCCAUAAGUACUUUUGAGGUUCUUGCUGAUCAACAACAAGUCAUACUUAAGGGUGUUUUAGAAGAAUCAGUGGAUGUGAAUGAUAACCAAGCAACGCUCAAAGCAAAAAUGUUCUAUAAAAGCUGUAUGGAUCUACAGCAAAUUCGAAAAAUUGGAAUAAACCCAAUACGAACUGUUCUUAAAUCACUGGGUGGAUGGCCUGUUAUUGAACCAAAUUGGACCCCUCCUAACGUUAGCAUUGAACAGCUUAUAGGAACAUUGCGCGGUGUAUACAGCGAACCAGUUUUAGUUGAACUAUACGUUGGCGCUGAUGACAAAAACUCUUCUAGGAACAUUCUUCAGAUUGAUCAAUUAGUAUUAGCACUUCCUUCCAGAGACUAUUACUUGAAGCAGAGUAGUGAAGGUGAUUUGAAAGCUUAUCACCACUAUAUGACACAAAUAGCAAUUCUACUUGGAGGAGAUUCUACAAUUGCAUCAAAAGAACUGAUGGAAGUGAUAAAAUUUGAAGUGCGAUUAGCUAACGCUUCGCUCCCAGAAGCGGAUAGACAUGACACUAGCGCAAUUUAUAAAAAAAUAACUUUGAUGCAACUGCAAAAUGAAGUCCCGCAGAUGAAUUGGAAAGAAUACUUACAAACUACUUUAGGAAGUGUGAAGUUAGAGGAAAAUGAAGCUAUUGUGAGUUAUGCCAUGCCAUAUCUAAUAGAAAUGGGUCGUAUUCUUGAUAUGACAGACAAACGAAUAGUUCAUAACUAUGUGAUUUGGCGGUUUGUGAUGUCAAUAAUGACGCAUAUGAUCGACGAUUAUCAAAAAGAACGGGUAGAAUUCAGGAAAAUAUUGCUUGGCAUUCAAUCUGAACGUCAUAGAUGGUCCCAGUGCGUUGAGUGGACAAACAAAAAACUGGGCAUGGCAGUUGGUGCAUUAUUUAUACGAGACAAUUUUAACCAGGAAAGUAAAGAAACAGCUCUAGAGAUGAUACACACUAUUAGAGAAGCUUUCAAUGAGCUCUUAGCAGAUAUUCAUUGGAUGGACGACGAAACCAGAUCCGUAGCUAAAGAAAAAGCUGAUGCCAUGAAUGAACGGAUUGGCUAUCCUGAGAUUUUGACGAACCCUGAAGAACUGGAGAAGGAGUAUAUAAACUUAUCGAUAUCUAAGGACCAUUUCGUCAACAAUAUUUUAAAUAUACUGAAAUGGGAUGCAGAACGUAACUUGAAACUGCUACGAAAACCCGUUGAUAAGGACAAAUGGGCAACGGAACCUGCUGUAGUAAAUGCGUUUUAUAAUCCAAAUAAAAAUGACAUUGUUUUUCCAGCGGGAAUUCUACAGCCCCUAUUUUACAGCCAACAUUUUCCGAAAUCUCUGAAUUAUGGUGGAAUUGGCGUUGUAAUAGGACAUGAAAUCACUCAUGGAUUUGAUGAUAAAGGUCGUCAAUUUGAUAAAGAUGGCAAUAUGAUGCAAUGGUGGAACAACGCGACUAUUAAAGCUUUCAGAGAAAGAGCUCAAUGUAUAAUUGAUCAGUAUUCGCGGUAUAAAAUCAACGAAGUAAACCUAUACAUGAAUGGGAGAAUGACACAAGGUGAAAAUAUUGCUGACAAUGGAGGACUAAAGCAAUCUUUCAGGGCUUAUCGAAAAUGGGUUAACCAUCAUGGACCAGAGCUGGAUCUUCCUGGUAUGAACAUGACUCAUGAUCAACUGUUCUUUUUAAACUACGCCCAAAUAUGGUGUGGAUCCAUGCGACCUGAAGAUGCUUUGACGAAAAUCCGAUCAUCCGUACAUUCCCCGGGCAUCAUAAGAGUUAUUGGACCGCUAUCGAACUCAAAGGAUUUUGCAGCAGCUUACAACUGUCCUUCUGGUUCUCCUAUGAAUCCUUUACAUAAAUGUAGUGUUUGGUGAAUCGUUCUAGGAAUCAAGUAUGUUAUCAAAAUGCGUAACAAGCAAAAACCAACUGGAACUGUACUUUUAAAAAUGUAAGACUUUAGAUUCUACAAGAAAACAUGAUUCUAAAAAAAAUAAUUAAUUUUUCAUUGUCAAACAUUGUUUUAUCAAUUCCGUUGAAUGUUAGCGAUUUUCUCUUGAACUCAUUCCCUUAUCUGAUAGAAAGAAUCUUACACCCUCAGAGGGAAUGCUGGCUUUAGCAGGAAUGCCUUCCAACGUGUUUUUUUUUGAAAAUCAUGUAUUCUCCAAAUCGCAAAGUCCCAAAAUGUUUGAAUACAGUGCAUUAUGGAAAUCAUCCCAUUGCUAUACGGGAGAUCUGAAAGACAAGUUAAUACUAUUCCAUUUAUUUCCACUAUACAUAGAGUUACUGUUCUGGACUUCAUCCCUUGUUCAUCCCAUCAAAAACAAACCAAUGAAAAAGUAGGUAUUUCGAUUUGUUUCUUUUUUUAAUUUUUUUUUUCUCAGCGACAAGAUUGGUGCUGUAUUUCUUUGUUUCACUAUGAGAUGAAUGUAUGUUGAUUGAAAUGGAAAUGGGAACAGUUCCCUACUCUACUCCAGGAUAUGCAGAAUUCGCUCUCAACUUAUAAGACUUUAAAAGAUAGAAGUGAAUCUCUCAUGGUAAUAACAAUCGACCAACGAUAGGGCCCAUAUAUCCAAAACUAAAGAAAAUGAUUCAUUUUUCUAAAUAAUCAUAUGAGUUCUCUAAUCAUAAGUAAGAGUGAAAGUUCUAAAGAGAGGACACAAAAACUCAUCCUUCAUUGUAUUCCUUUAAACGAUCCCCUAAUAAAAAAAAACGCAAUGGAAUCACAAUAGAAGUUAUCACAUCAGUACGA